CUUUUUUCACCCUGUGAAAAGAGGAGAUGGAACUCAAGGCCCAGGCCCCCAGCAUGCUGGGCAAGUGCUCGACCACUGAGCCAACCCCCCUUCACUCUCUUCCUCCCACCCGACCUGUAGUCAAUACCAACCAAUCAAUGCAUAGCAAAGAGAGUGGGGACCCAGGAAUCUUUUGCUGGAAGAAAAUGUAGAAGCCCUGAUGGAAACCAGAGGAGGGAAUUUGUCACCAAGAGAAAGCUUUACAACUUGUCUGAUGACCUUGCGGGAAAGACCUGGAGCUGAGACAGUGGUGGUUGGGGGGCCACAUCUUGGCCAGACUACAUGAAAAGAAGGUAUGUGGGGGACAGAAAUUUUCAGUACCUAAAAUCCCUUCGCAGGUUAAUGAAUGAAUGAAUGAGUGAAUGAAUGAAUGAAUGAAUGAAUACACCUGCAGACCAUUUGGGGGGUUGUCAUUCUGGCGUAACAAUAUAAAUGAGUCAGUCGAGUGAACAGAGAUCUUAAUCUGCUCAAAAGUGGUGCCGCGGUUCUGGGGAGUCUGGGCUAAGGACAAACUGGGAGAACUAGCUCCAAGCCGCAGCCCUGCUCUUGGUGAGCGACUACGGCUGCGCGGACAGGCCGGGCUCAGCCGCUUCCGGGAUGGUCGGGAGCCAACGAGACUUCGAGCCUCCGGGUGGGCUAGAGCGGCGCGACCUGCAGGUGUGCGGGGCCAUGGAGGACGAGAAGAGCUUCUCCGACAUCUGCGGCGGCCGCCUAGCCCUGCGGCGCCGCUACUACUCACCCUACUGCCGCGAGUUCGGCCUCAGCUCGGCUCGGCUGUCGCUGUGCUCGCUCACCGCUGUCACCUGCGCGGUGUGGCUGGCGGCCUACGGGCUCUUCACCCUGUGCGAGAAUAGCAUGGUCCUCUCUGCCGCCAUCUUCAUCACCAUCUUAGGCCUGCUUGGUUACCUCCAUUUUGUGAAGAUUGAUCAGGAGACUCUACUAAUCAUCGACUCACUUGGCAUUCAGAUGACUUCCUCUUAUGCAUCGGGCAAAGAAAGUACCACCUUCAUAGAGAUGGACAAGGUCAAGGACAUUAUCAUUAAUGAAGCUAUUUACAUGCAAAAGGUCAUUUACUACCUCUGCAUUUUACUGAAGGAGCCAGGGAAGCCACAUGAGAUAUCUCAAGUAGUUCCUGUCUUCCAGAGUGCCAAGCCCCGGUUGGACUGCUUGAUUGAAGUAUACAGAAGCUGCCAGGAGGUUCUGGCACACCAGAAAGCCACAGCAACAAGCUUAUGAGUCUCAACAUUCAAAGGCCAGUAUUGUUUUUAUGGAGAGGACUCCUAAACUGUAGUGGCCGGUUUAUUUUCUGUACUGUAAAAACCAUCAGGAUACAGUCCUGGGAAUCAGAAUGGAUGAGUAGAUCUCAGAACCACAGAGGAGGGGCUGGAACUUGGUUCAUGUUCAUAAUGUAUCAUAAUGUUCCCGUAUAGGUUUUAUCUAUAUUACUAAUCAAGGGGAGACCUUAAGGAAUUUGACAUGUCAAAAGGCGGCCAGGCAGAGUGGUACAUGCCUUUAGUCCCAGCACUAAAGAGGCAGAAGCAGGUGAUUUCUUGAGUUUAAGGCCAUUCUGGGCUACAUAGUGAGUAUCCCCCCACCCAAAAGUAUUGUCCAAAGAGAACACUGAAAAUUUUAAGUACCUUCAUGUUUGUGUUAAAAUCUGUGAAGUAUUAAGACAGGUACCAGAUUUCACAAGAAAAAUGUAAAUUUCCAUCUGUAUAGACUCUUGUCUAAAAGUUAGGGAAAAUAAGUCACAUUUUUAUAUGAGUUAGCAAGAAUGAAAUGUCUACAAAGGGCUAGCCUCUGCCCACCCAGCUCCUAAGAUCUGUGCAGGGUGAUGACUCCUGCAUCCACUUUAGCUAGGGAUGGUGUGGAUGCUUGUAAUCCCAGCUCUCAGAAGCUGUCAAUAGGAGGAUUGAAAGUUUGAGGCCAGCCUGGGCUACAUGAUGAGACACUGUCUCAAACCCCAGGAUAAAUAAAUAUCCACAACACACAGUUAUUGUCUGGUUCACUGACAGUCUUUUAUUGACAAACAUACAUAGCAUUUCAGCCAUGGGUGUCAAGCAUAUUAGUACCUUUCUGUUACUUAGUAUUUUCUAUUGCUCAAAAGCUGUUUGGCUAAGAGGGCUUAGAUGAAGAGUGAGAAAGUACAUGUUGGUUCCCAGACACGAGACUGUCACAUUAAAGGAUGAAGAAGCCAGUUCACAGAAGCCUUUGUUUCAAAGGUGGUUCCUUAGAUUCUAAAGCUCAAGAAGGAGAAAAGGAGCUGGACUAGGCAGAAUUUGCCUUUAAUCCCAGCACUUCGGAGGCAGAGUCAGAGGCAGGCGUAUCUCUGAGUUUGAGGCCAGCCUGGUCUACAUAGCGAGUUCCAGGAUAGCUAAGGCUGCAUGGUGAAACCCUGUCUCAAAAAGAGAGCAAGAGAAAGGGGGGGAGGGGGGGAGGAAGCAGCAACAGCAGCAGUAGCUAACCUGACCUCCAAGUCUUACAAACAGUUGCAUUAGUUGGAAUUCUGUUUUCAAAACAAAAACAACCUGAGAGCAGACUACAUCCUUACUGGCUUUAGGGCCCUUGGGAUGUAAACCAAGAACUGCAUUCUCUGCCCUUCACCAGGGGCCUAUAGCAAUGAGACUUGAGGUAGACCUGGCUCCUCUAGAACCCCAAAUCUGGGGUGGGAGUUGGGGGUUCAAACAGAAAUGGCUAUAAAGCUGCCUGGUUUGCAAGUCAAGCUCUUUUAAGGGGCAGGCUCUUGUGCCUUUUUAAAGUCAGGCUUGUCAGUUCAAAGGAUGAGGAAUUACAGCAGCUGAGGCAUUCAGACAAACUAAUUUCUGGCCUUGCAGUUUCUUGUGGUGUAUAACACACACGUUGGGUUAAAGGCUUAUUUCUUGAUACUCUUCUUAUCCCCUAGUCCAUGUUACUGAAAAAUAACAAAACUGCCUUAAAGCUACACAAUAAAGCUUAUUUUUUAUAUGUUGGAAAA